UUUAAUGGAGUAGUCUAAGAACGAAGGAGAUUAGAGCGACACGCACGCAGCGCAGGCCUCCUUCUCCUCUCCUCUCCUCUCCAUUCCCAUCCACCCCCACCCCCCACCCCCCUCCCCUCUCUCGCUCGAGGAUCCCACGCGCCGCGCAGAGCGAGAGGGAUCUAAUUGACGUCGAUUCUGCUGGCUCUGCUUUCCUGGCGCACGUCGAUUGUUCGUUCUUGGCGGCUGUGAUGUUCUUUCCUCUGGGUUUGGAGACCGAGAAUUGCCCGGCGCGGGACGGAUUUGCGGCAAUGGCGAGGCGUUCCUGAGAACCUGGCCGUCCUUGGAGCGGAGCUUGGGGGACAGGAGGGGUUGGCGUCUGUUUCGCGGCGGGGAAUUGCUUGCUCUCCGCCUCUCUGUGCCGGGCAUGGCGUCGAGGGACUUCUUGGGCAGGUUCGGCGGCGAGAAGGGCGCGUCGUCGGACAAGGCGGGGGGCGGCGCCGGCGAGCCCGACGAGGUGGUCGAGCUCAGCCUCGGCCUGUCCCUGGGCGGCUGCUUCGGCGCCAACUCCGGCCGGGAUGCCAAGAAGCCGCGGCUGGUGCGCUCCUCCUCCCUCGCCGCCAUGUGCACGCUCCCGGGCGCCAGCGACGACCUCGCCGCCGCCACGCCCCCGCCGGCGCCGCUCAUGCGCACCAGCUCGCUCCCCACCGAGACGGAGGAGGAGCGGUGGCGCCGCCGCGAGAUGCAGAGCCUCAAGCGCCUCCAGGCCAAGCGCAAGCGCCUCGAGCGCCGCACCUCCAUGAACUCCGGCAAGUCCGGCGGCAGCAGCAGCCGUGACGACGCCCAGGAGCCGCUCUACCCCAGCGCGUUCCAGCUCCGCCGCUCCGUCGUCGACCAGGGGAACACCUCCUCAAGCAUGCCAGACCAAGGUAGCGGUGAUGGCGCUGAGGCGAAGAGCACAUCGAGCAUGGAGAUAUCUUCUGAUAAUAAUAACAAUGCCAGCAACCAGAACAAAUCCCUCCCGCCGCCCGCACCAUCGCCUGCCGGGAAGCUGCCGAACGGCAUCGUCAAGGAGCAACCGCCGUUGCGGACCCUCCGGUCGCUGACGAUGCGCACGACGAGCACGGGCGACCUGCGGAAGAGCAUGAUGGAGGACAUGCCGAUGGUCUCGUCCAAGGUGGACGGCCCCAACGGCAAGAAGAUCGACGGCUUCCUGUACAAGUACAGGAAAGGGGAGGAGGUGAGGAUAGUGUGCGUCUGCCACGGCAACUUCCUGACGCCGGCCGAGUUCGUGAAGCACGCCGGCGGCGGCGACGUCACGAACCCGCUCAGGCACAUCGUCGUCAACCCCUCGCCGUCGGUCUUCUUGUAAUGCCGGAAUGUACCUAGGGGGAGAGAUGUUCUUUUCCUCUCUUUCCUUUUUUACUCUGAAUUUUUAGCUAUCAUUACAGUGUAUUAUGUUUAGCGCCCUGCCUUUCCAUUGAGUGGAGAGGAGUGGAGGGCCUGCCUGAGGUGUUUACUGUAAGUUAAGGGAGUGAACUAAUUUGAGAGAAUUAUCAGGUUUACAGUGUCCACAGUGGAUAUGCUGGUUCA